AUGGUCGCUAUGGUGGCAUCCGCGUCUGGAUACGGUACUCUACGCCGUUUUCUAAGCGCGCCCGAGGGUCAAAACGUGGAGCAGGCCGGGCAAGUGGUCACGACAACUUCGGUUGCAGUCUCGUCGAAGCAGCGGGCGUCGAUUAAAUGGCUGCUGUCGAAGGCGUUCAACAACAGGGUCCCGGAGAAUCUUCAAGAGCCCUUCUAUAGGGAUCAUGAGGAUCAAGAACACCUUAAGCCACCGAUAGUUGGUGGUCUGGCGAACGCGGAACUGUACUGCUUGGCAUUGGCGAACAUGUACUCGGACCCGAACUACCACAGUUUGAGCCACUGGAACAUCCUGCAGACGCUGGCGCGCAAAGGUGUGCCGGUGCCGGACCCCGCCGACUGCGCGCUCACCGAGACAGUGCUAAUACAAACGAACCCGCUUAAGAUGAGCGCGCAUAUGGCGGUGAUGGAGGCCCUGAUGGUGCUGUACGCGCGAGAAGUGGUGACCGUGGACCGCGUGGCGGCGGCCAUACAGCGGUUCGGCGUUACGCCGCCACCGCCGACCGGCGCCCCGACCCAUGAGGAUGGACUCAUCAGCUGGAUCAAUGCGGCGUGCGCAGCGCUCAACACUGCAGAGGAGGACACGUCGUCACCCGUGCCGCCCGUGAAGAGUCUGCAGGACGUGUGCGACGGCACAGCGCUGGCCGCACUCGUGUCGUUCUACUGCCCGGAGGUGCUGCCGCGGAGUGCCGUGCGCGUGGGCCGCAUGGCCUCCAUACACGACUGCCUGCACAACUUAAUGCUGGUGCGCGACUUCUGUCGCGAGCGCCUGCCGCACGACGUCUUCCACAUGAUGCCCGAGGACGUCGCCUACAUGCGAGGCUCCAUGCGUCAGAACUUAGUAGCAAUGCUCGCUGAUCUCUUCAAUAUGCUAGAAGUUCAUCCUGUGAAGUCUGUCAAGUACCCGGGCAUCGCGCACGCGGACAGCAACGCGCACGGCGUGCGGCACAAGCGCUGCCUGCCGCCGCCCUCGCCCGUGCCCAUCCCCGACCUGCGCGCCGACGCCCACGCACACGCCCAAAUGACGGCGACGCCCCUGCCAGUGUCGCGGUCGCCGUCGGGCGCGGGGGUGCGCGGGCGCACGGCGGGGCGGUCGGCGUGCUCGACGCCGGAGCGGCGCAGCGCCAGCCCGCAGCGCGACGAGUUCGUGGUGCACCGCGGCCGCGCCAUCACCACGCUCUCUGCGCUCGUUCGCCGCGACGAGGAGAACGGUGUGGCGGCGGGCGUGGCGGCCGGGCGGCCGUCGCAGCGCGGUGCGCGCGAGUCGUUCGCGGGCCGGCGCUCGCGCCGCUCGUCCGUGUCCGACGACAGCCAGCUCACGGUCGAGAACUUCGGCGGCUCGCAGGACCGCCUGCACUUCGCCGGACGCAAUCCGGAGAAGGAGCUCGCCACCGUCGCCGCCAUGCCGCAACAGCGCAAGAUCUCCGCGCCCGCCGGACCCGUGGAUUACAAUCCGCCUUUACGGUCGUCAAGGCAAGACAUCCGCGGCUCCAUUCAGUUUUUGCAUGAGGACUACCAGAACGGUGAUCAAGAAGAGCGCUCCAAAAUGGAGCGACAAAACUCACAGCCUCAAAACACAGAGCAACAUUACUACCCGAUAAAGCGACAACUGAGCAGCGACACGAUCACACUUAACCAAAGUUACGGGUUAAGUUAUAAGGGAGGAGGGGAUGGAUUCUUUCUCAACGACAAGGACUCGACCGACGGGGAUGGUACGAAAAUGAGCUUCGCAGACCUCAACAAGAUCAAAAGCAACGGUGACCAGCAAGGUUUCGAAAAGACAGACAGGCGAAAAACGACGACUUUCUCGACACCGCCGCCCAACACCACCACCUGGCAGCAGCAGUUCAUGCAGCAAGAACAUCAUCCAAACGGGUCGGAGGUAUCGGAGGAGGCGGGGCCGGGCGGCGGGCAGGGCAUGGCGGCGCAGCUCAACAACAUCCGGCUCAAGCUGGAGGAGAAGCGGCGCCGCAUCGAGCUCGACAAGCGCCGCAUGGAGCUCGCCGUCAGCCGCCAGCGCCAGCAGCUCGGCCAGCAGGCCUUCCUGCAGGCCGUCACCAGGGGCAAGGGAGCGCGCACGCCCGCCGAGGACGACGCCGGGAACGACCAGCCGCACGAGCAGGAGAUGGUGGUUGAACCGCCCAGUCAAACUGCGGAGAAUGUGGCCUUGGAACAGUAUCAGCAGUCUAUUGCCAAAAUGAACUCUAGCCUGCAGGACAUACAGAGCGACAUCGCGCGUCUCGCCAGCCAACAGAGCCAGCUACAGCAGCAGCAACAGCAACAACACCAGCAGCAGCAACAACAGCAGUUGCAACAGCAACAACAACUACAGCAACAGCAGCAACAGCAAUUGCAACAGCAACACCAGCAGUUGCAACAACAACUGCAACUGCAGCAGCAACAAGCACAGCAGUUCUUCCAGCAGACGCAGGCGCCCCCUCAAGCUCCCUACCAACAACAGUUUCAACAAAACAUUCCACAAUUGCACAGCCAGUUCAGCUCGCAGCACAACGUGUCGCGCGCGGGGCUCGCGCCGGGCUUCGGCUCCACGCCGCACAUCCCGCGCGAGUACUUCGCGUACGAACAACAGCAGCAACCACCGCCGCAGUACCAGUACCGUGACGUGGACGAGUCCGCGGCGCGCCAGUUCUACCUGCAUGAGCGACAGGAGCGACAGGAGCGGGUGGAGCGGCUCGAGAGCCCCGCGCCGCGCCGCACGUGGGCGCAGCACGCGCAGCUGCACCACGACAACGCGGAGCUGCGCGCCUGGCAGCUCCAACAACAGAAUCAGCAACAGUAUCAGCCACCCCACGAACUGCCACAGAGAACAUGGAAAUCACCUUCACCCCAACCGCCACCGGAGCGGAAUUGGAACCCACAGGGUUUCAUUCUCCACGAUAGAACGAAUCAACCCUUCCAAGUGCAUUACAACAACGACCGGUAUCAAAAUGGUACCGAGAAUAUUCGAGAAACACAAAACCAUUUAAGCUACACUGUGAUAAAUCCUAGCCAAUACGUAUCCCAAUCGCCUCCGCCGGCGGCUAGUCCGCAGCGGCGCUCGAAAACCCCGCAACGACAGGGAUCGCUGCCGGAAGUUUCGAGAAAGCCGGAACCCGUCAGCUUACAGCAGCUGCAGUCGCCCGUGCCCGUCCCCCCGCCGGACGACAUGGAGCCGCAGAACAUAUCGUUCAUCGGCAACGCUGAAGACGACGCCUUGCGCCAGGGGAUAAACAGACUGAACAUAUCAUCGGGUACGCGCACCUACCGCAUACCCUCGCCGACGAGACCUUCCCUCAAUAGAAGCUCGUUCCAGCACCUCGAGCAGGAGGAGCCGAGCGAACAAAACGAGAAGGGCUUCUAUAUAUCGUUUGACAACGAGCAGCCGAAGCGACCGAAGCCGCCUUUAAGGGCGAAACGCGGCUCUCCGAGGAAGGAGCGCUCAGCUUCAGAGCAGCACAGUCCCGAGCGAAGUCCCGAGCGUAGCCCCGAGCCACGCGACGACUUCCCGGUGCACAGAAACGCGCCCGCCGACCUUCACGCACGAUCUAAUGACGUUUCUUCGGAGCGAAGAGAAACGCCACCUAGAGAGCGAACACAGCGCGCCAACAACGCCGAGCCGGCGGCAUUGAUCAUCGGCGAGCUGAAUCCUGAUCCGAACUCGGCGGAGGAGAUGGAGCGCAAGAAGGAGCGCAUCAUGCUGCUGUCGCUGCAGCGGCGGCAGCGCGCGGACGAGGCGCGCGCGCGCGCGGACGCGGCGGCGGCGGCGCGGCGCGCGCGCGAGGACGCCGCGCUCGAGCACAAGCUGGCGCGCAAGCAGGAGCAGGCGCGCCGCCGCGAGGCCAUCCUGCAGCAGUACAAGCUCAAGAAGGCGCUCGAGGAGGCCGAGCGCGAGGGCAAGGUGCUGGACAAAAACGAGUUCUUGGAAACGCUUAAGGCGGGCGGGCACUCGCCGAGCGUGGGCGGGGGCGGGGGCGGCGGCGGCGGGGGAGGCGGGGGCGGGGGCGGCGCGGCGCGGCUGCGCGGCAAGGCGGCGCGCGCGCGCCCCAAGACCAUCCACGUGGACUCGGGCGCGCUGCACGCCGCCGAGGGCAUGCUGGCCAAGCAGCCCUCCGCCACCAACCUCUCCGCGGGCGGCACGAUGCGGCGCGACUACUACCGCGGCUCGCAGGACAGCCUGGCCGAGCGCGCCGGCCUCUACCGCGAGUCUCCUAUCGAAGACCGCGGCGGAAUAUCACCGAGCAGUGCGUCGAGCGGGCCACUCGCAAGACGCGGCUCGUGCAAAACAUCGCGUGAGCGUGUGAAUGAUGAAGCUCAGUCGUCACGUGGAAGGUCUAAAUAUACCACUUACCAGAGUAACUUUAAGGCUGGGAGGAAAUCUAGCUCUCUUAUGAACUUGUGCGACUCGGGGCUGGGGCGCGCGACGCCGCCGCGGCGGGCCGCGUCGCCGGGCGUGCGCGCGGGCGCGGGGGGCGGGGCGGGGGCGCGCGGCGCCGCGUCGCCCGCGUCGGGCCCCGGCUCGCUGCCGAGCGCGCACACGGCGGUGGGCCGCCGCCGCGCGCCGCACGACGACGCCUCCGACGUCUCCUCCACGCACUCCUCCAUCAUGGACUACUCGGGGCCGAAACUGUACAAGCAGCCGACGACGAAGUCGAACCGCGGCAUCAUGCUGAACGCGGUGGAGUACUGCGUGUUCCCGGGCGCCGUGAACGCCGAGGCGAAGCGGCGCGUGCUGGAGGAGAUCGCGCGCUCGGAGAGCAAGCACUUCCUCGUGCUGUUCCGCGACGCCGGCUGCCAGUUCCGCGCGCUCUACUCCUACUGCCCCGACACCGACCACGUCACCAAGCUCUACGGCACCGGCCCCAAGCACGUCAACGACAGGAUGUUCGACAAGUUCUUCAAAUAUAAUUCGGGUAGCAAGUGCUUCUCACAAGUUCACACGAAGCACCUCACGGUCACAAUCGACGCGUUCACGAUACACAAUUCGCUGUGGCAAGGCAAGAAGGUGCAACUCCCCAGCAAGAAGGAUAUGGCGCUCGUGAUAUAA